AUGUCGACACUCGCUACAUUGUACAACAAUCUCCCCACCCUCGGCGAGGCCGAUGACAAGUUCGUUGACCGUGCUAACAUCUUCGCCAAAGUUGGGCCUCUUUUGGCCAAAUACGACAACAAGUUCGGCCUCUACCUCGUGCAUGCCCACUGCUCUCUUGAGGAUGGAGAGAAGAUGGUUGCAUCGGGAAAUGUAUCCGAGCCCGUCAAGGAUGCCUCGUGCUAUCCUGAGCGCUGGCUCGCCACGGGAGAGGCAUACGAGUUUAACACGGAGCACACCGAGGUUCCUCCUGCGGCUCUGUUUGUCGAGUUCAGGUCGCUCGUUGGCGACAUGACCGCUGUCCUCGGGCUCUACUACGCCGGCAACGUCACGCCUGGUAUGAUGCUCCUGGAGCACACUGAAGGGAGGAAGAACAUCGUCGAGGCCAUUGAUGUUGGCAUAGGCAACACGAAGGACGCUGUCCCGACUGCGUGGCUUCCGGAUGCAAAGGAUCCUGUCACCAUGGCAUGCGUGAUCGAGUGUGAUACUCGCAUUACUCGAACUGGUUCCGCACACAAGGAUACGAGGUCUCAUCGCCCUCUGUAA